UGUCGCCGUCGAGAUAUCUCCCAGGUGGAAAGCGAGGUAGAGCUCCUGUCGUCCCUGCGAGCGGAGCUGUUCCGGUGUCCCUGCGGGGAAGGCUUAGGGUUUCGGCGGGACCACCGCUAUGGCUGAGCACUCGGAGGAGUCGAGCUCGAAGCCGGUGUCGCUGAUGGAGAAGAUCGUCGACAAGCUCCACGGCCACGACGACUCCUCGUCCGAUUCGGACAACGAGAAAUCGGAGCCGUCCGCCUCAUCUAUCAAGGCCAACAUCUAUCGCCUCUUCGGGCGGGAGAGGCCGGUCCACAAGGUUCUCGGCGGUGGCAAGCCUGCUGAUGUGUUCCUAUGGAGGAACAAGAAGAUCUCCGCCGGAGUGCUUGGUGGGGCCACCGCCGUCUGGGUUCUGUUCGAGCUGCUCGAGUACCAUCUGCUCACUCUAGUCUGUCACUGCCUCAUUCUCUCGUUGGCCAUCCUCUUCCUCUGGUCCAAUGCUAGCAUCUUCAUCAACAAGGCUCCACCACGCAUACUAGAGGUGAGCAUUCCCAAAGACCUGGCCGUGAAUGUUGCGCUCUCUUUGAGGUAUGAGAUUAACAGGGCCAUUGCUGUUCUAAGGGAGAUCACAUCAGGACAGGACCUGAAGAAGUUCCUUGCUGUGAUUGCUGGACUCUGGGUUCUUUUGGUCCUUGGGAGCUGCUGCAAUUUCAUGACCUUGUUCUACAUCAUGGUUGUGACGUUGCAUACUGUGCCGGUUCUGUAUGAGAAGUAUGAGGACAAGGUCGACUCAUUUGCAGAGAAGGCAAUGACAGAAAUUAAGAAGCAGUAUAAGGUGUUUGAUGCUAAGGUUUUAAGUAAGAUUCCCAGGGAGCCAUUGAAGGAUAAGAAGCACUGAAAGGAAGAGGACCUGAGGUUGCAGUAGGUUUGCUCUCCGCAGUCAAUUAGAUGUGGUUUUAUGGUCAAUGUUGUGACUGUUUAUCCUUUGCCGGUUUCAGCAUUUCCUUGCACAUCUUAUUUUACAAAGUGUUUGGGUUCUUAGUUUCGAUAAAUCAAGCCUGUCUAAAUGGUACUGAUUCUGAGGUUUCAUGGCAUGGAUUUCUGUUAUGUAUGCAUGUAGUGUGUGCACUUGCCUGCAUGCCUUUUUUGUUGACAAUUAUGGGUAUGAUACAAAUUUCUUUCACUGUUGUCAUAGUUUAAGUAUGCUGCCAUGUUAAUGUUUUUGAAAUCUACUUUCAGACAUUGACAUUGUAACAAUAUAGGGGUUUCAGUAAUCUAUGACACGGAUGCAUA